GCCGUAUUUCGUUGAAAUUGGUGUUUUUGUCCAAAAUUAAACUAAAAUACUGUAAAAUAAACAAUUUUUAGUCAAUAUUUUAAGUAUAACCUAUACGUAAUCUCCUAACGCAUAAGUAGUUUUAGUUUUCUGUAUAUUAAAAUGAGUACUGGUCAAGAAGAAAUGCCUGCUGCGAAGCCGGAUGAUGAUACAGAGACAAAAUCUUCAAAUGAAGCUGCUAAAAUACCAUCUACUGAUGAAGUGGAUCAUUCUAAAGACCCAUCCUUUGAAAAAAACGUUUUGAAACCUCUUGAAGAUGCGAAUAAAAACACAGAUUCUGGUUUCAAAGAUCUGGGUUCUGAAUCUACUGAAAAGAAAACGAGUUCGGAAAAUACAGACGAUAAUAGUGAGUUUGAGUUGAAGUGGGAUGACGAUGAAUCUGAUGAACAAAGUGUAGGACCGUCAGAGAAGGUACAAGCUGGUGAGAACGAUAAAACUAAGGCAGAUGUAGAUGGUACAACUCUUAGUGGCACUGAUAUCAUCGAUGAAAAUAAACUGCUUGAGAGCUCACCGUCAAACAACGAAGACACUGCUAAGACUUCACCGUCAAACAGUACUGAAGAAGAAACCGCAAUUACUGAUGAUGUUGGUGAGAUAGUUGAUGAAAAUAAACUACUCGAAGGCCCGGAAUCCGAUGAAGUUGAUGAAGAGAAAUUGCUGCUCGAAUCUGAUGAUAAUAGAGAUGAUUCUCCUUCAAAGGAUAUACAAAUAGAGUCCGUUAAAACUGAUAUCCCUAAAGCUAACGAAAAAUUAUUAGCUUCUACCGAACCUGACGAUACUUCUUUAGAUCAAGCAUCUAACGCUGCAACUGAAAAUGUCACUUCCGACUCAGACUUUCAAGAUGCCAAGUCCAAAGAACUUUUGAGUAAUGAAGAGCUAAAAGUAGAUCCGUCAAAGAUAUUUGCCUGCGAGACCAUCACUAAGUUAAUAAACGAACAUACAUCACCAAUUGACAGUCCAACGCCAUCCUCCAGUUCUAAUAACAGCUCCUCUAUAGACGCAACAGACGAUAUCAACACUGAACACGGAUUAAAUAAACCGGAUAUGAUGCUAGAGAUACCGACUCAAGAGAUCAUUGAACUUUUUGACGAGACAGAUUCCAUUUCUACUCAAAAUGAUGAUGAGAUGGAAGUUGACGAUGCCAGUCCUAAAACAGCUACUGUAGAUGAUAAAAAACCUGUAGCAGAAGAAAAGUCUGAUGUAUUAAUUCUAGAACCAUCUGACAUGUGUAAAGAUUUGGAUACUGAAAAUCAAAAAGACUGUGAUGAGUUUAUCAUUAAAGAUGUAUCAGAAGACGAUUGGUGCGAAAUAGAAAGGAGAUUGGAAGGAUUUGAAGAUUCUUUUAAAGCUUCACAGCUAAACCAAAAGUCUAAAGAACCUGAGAAAGAUGAUGCCAAAGAAAGAGAGGGAAAAACAGAAGAGACUGAGAAUUUACCAUUGACAGAUGCUCAAAAGAUGGUAAUAGAAACUGAGAACAAGGCAUUGUUGAAAACACUCCAGGAUUCUAUUCUAGACUCUACUGCCGAAUUGACUUCUGCUUCAAUGAACGUUGAUGAUGAUGAUGAGUCAACAAGCCAUCUUGAAGAUGAACUUUUAACAGAAUCUCCAAAACCAGCCCAAAAUAUUGAUACAGCAGUAAAAGAACUGGAAGAUGCAGUGAAAGAACCAGAAAAUGCUGUGGUAUCAGAAACAGUAUCACAGUCUGCACCAAAUACAACUCAAGAAGACAUAAUAAACAGUGGAAAAGAAAUUAAUGCAGACUCAAAUUUAGAUAACCAGAAACUGGAUAGUAAGUCAGAUAAUAUACCUUCAGAAGUAACACAGGAGAUUCAAUCGGAAUCUAAAACGACACAGGCUGAUAUCGCCACACCUAAAACUGAUCAGCCUUCAAAUAAAGAUACAACAGAACUAGCAAAUGAAACUAAAAUUGAUGACAAAUUACCUACAUCAAACAUUGAAGACACCUCAGAAAGUGUAAUCCAACAAUCAUCUACAGAAGUGGCACUAUCAGUAGCAGAGCCUACCAAAACAUGUUCACCAGCAGACCAAAAUGAUGAUGAGGUUUCAUCAACACAAGAACCUGUUAAAACUAAAUCACCAUCCAAGUUAAGCGAUAAGGUUGACACUUCUAUACCUAUAGAAGAAGAAAAAGAUACUUCUACAAUAAAACCAGUAGAUAUUCAAGUGGCAGAUAAGAUAGAAGUUGAUGUUAAUCCUUCAGAAUCUAAGUUACCCACAGAACUUGAAGCUAAAAUUCAAGAUGCUACUGUUCCACCAUCGACAGCCAAGCCAAAUGAAAUUGAAGAUACUCCAUCAACUGCUGAAAACACUGAAAAGGAUUCCAAACUUAAGGAUUCAGAAGAACUAGUCAAAGCUUCUACAGUAGAUGACAAUACUUCAACAAUUGAUGAUAAGACUUCAACAACUGAUGAAAAGACUUCAACUACUGAUGAUAAGGCUUCGUCAACAAAUGAUGCCAAGAUUUCAACAGUAGAAGCAGAACCAACAAAAGUGGUUGUAUCACCAGAAGGGUCAGAAGACUCAGAAGUCACUAAAGCCCAACCAUCUGUUCUUCCAAUGGACGUAGAAUUAACAAAUGAGGAUCGAACAAAAAUUAUUGAGCAAUACCCAACUCUACCAAAAGACAGUGAAGGAUCCAAAAUACCUGACGAAAAUUUGGAACAACUAUCAAUGGAAAUUGAUCAAUCAACAGAAUUUAAAGUUCCUUCAAUAACAACUAAUGCCUCUUCAACUGAAGAAUCUGCAGAAAAGACAGUCGAAGAAUCAGCUAUGGAAGUUGAUUUAAUAACAUCAGUGGUUGAAACCCCAGCAAUUGCAAAAGACAAUGAACUGUCUAAUUCAAAGCCAGAAUCUACUGUUGAUAAUAUUGAAUCAUCAUCAAAGGAACUUCAACCAUCAACUUCUGCAAAUCUUGAAUUAUCACCAAAGGAACCCCUACCAUCAACUUCUGCUGUAGCUCCAACAUCUAAACAUGAUGAUGAAACGCCUUCUACGUCAAAAACUGAUGUUGAGCCAUCAACAUCAGCAGAAAACACAAAACCAGUAUCAGACCCGGAUUCCGACGAAGUCACAGAAACAUCUGACAGUCUAGGCCUGUUGGCUGAGUCGUCACGGGUGAUGGAAGACGACGAUGAUCAAGAUGAUGACGAUGACGCCGACAACGAUGCUGAUGACGACGAUGAUUAUGAUCCAGAGGAUGAAAGCAGUAACCAAAUGACAGCAGAGCAUUCCGAAGAUUCGAACGCUCCCUUCUCGGAAACUGAAGCAAAGCAAGAUACUUGCAUAGAAUCUCCUGGCGAAGAAAAGGCAGACUUCAGUUUUGCCAUCAGCGAUGUGUUUAGCAAGCAAGAAAAGGAAAUCGAAGAGACAGACGCUGUGCAAGAUCAGAUUGAGGAUCAGAUUCAGGAUGAUAUCGAAGUGACAGCAGAUGAAGUGGCUGUGGCAACCAUAGACGAUGUAGAGGCAACCAUAGACGAUGUAGAGGCAACCAUAGAUGAUGUAGAAGCAACCAUAGACGAUGUGCAAGCUGCAGACGACACUGCCAUAGAGCAAAAAGAAGAGGAUAAAGAUGAAUCCAACAAGCAAGCUGAUAUAGAGACCGUUAAACUGUCAGAUACGUCAGACAACGAGGCCGAAAACGAGUCUAUGUUGAGAAAACUACUUGAUAAUGAUGAAAAAGAAGCUGCAAAAGAAGAAUCUGUCGAUAAAACAGAACAGAAGAAUGAAGAGCCAUCUGGAAGUGAUAUGAAUAUCGUUGAGUUGGAAGAAAGUUCUUCUGAGGAUGACAUACAAGAAGUGAAAAAUGCUUCCAAAUCAGAAAAGAGCACGCUCAUAACAGUAGACGGUUUAAACAUUACCAUACCAGGGUGCGUGGAAGUCAGCAAUGUGAAGGUCGCACAUACACCUGACGUGAAAGAAGAAGCGGUCCAGGGUACUGAUGAUAAGACAUCAACAGAGAAGCCUAAACCGAAGUUCAGCCUGGAGAUUUUCAGUCUGGACUCAGAUGAAGAAGACAGUGCACCAACCCCAGCAGUGGACCAAAAGCCCACAGAAGAUAAAAGCGUACCCAAAAAGUGUAUAAACAUGACUUGUACAUCAACAUGUAGUUCAUACUAUAAGGCUGAUGCGUCGUGUGUCGCGUACUACAAAGCGCAGAAGAAGAAAAAAGCAUUGGUUUGUGCGCAGUGUGCUGACGUCGUUGUGAAACGGAAUGAGCGCCUAAUCCAAGGCAUCAAAGACCUAACCCCGCUUCUGAAUAUGGACACCAUAAAAGCAGCGGCUGACGUGGUGGAAUUAUCCGACUCAGAAUCUGAGGAUGAAGAUACUACUGAACCGGAGACUUUGGGCGAGACCGGUGCUAGUUUGGUAGAAGCGAGCCUAGCUCAACUGAUUAAUGCCACGUGGGACAAAUUCCGUAUGGAUUCGAGGUUGCACGAUGCUGAGGUAGAAAUGACCAAAGAAAUGGAGAAAUUGCAAGAGGAAGGCGACAAAAUCAAAGCAAUGCUGAACGAAUGCCAAGUAGCCACGGACAAAUUGAGGAACGAUUUGUAUGCUACUUUCGAGUACACGAGGCGCGAGAGAGACGCCAUCAUAAUAUGCGACACUCCUCUAAGCAAAUACUCGUGUUUGGAGUAUGCAGUCCAUCAAAGCACAGGGCAAGUCCCUAUGCCUGAGAAUAGGGUAAAGCGCCGUAUGUCGUCCGCCAACGAAGUGCCGGCCAAACGACCGGCCAUUCCGCUCGGGUACUCGUCGCUAGAUGGCGACACUACUCAGCCUCAAAUUCAGACCCAGACGCAGGAAAAACCGCCAGCGCCUACUAUAGAAACUACCAAACAAGAGGAUGAUAAAGACAUAGCGGUCCUCAAAGUAUCAGUGGAGGCAGCCCCUUCCGACUUGCCCCCCCCGGGAGAAUUAGUCCCGCCUCCCUUGAGGGCGGGGCUUUGUGUGUAUGCGAUGCGAAAUUCCUUCGGCUGCUGGAUCAGGAGCAAAGUCCUGGAGGUCAACGGGAAGAGCUCGGUGGCUGGGGUGAGUACUCGAUGGACCGACGACCUCUAG